CCCCUAGUGCACCAAGAGAAUUGAGAUAUGAUGAAAAUUUUACAGUUUUAAUCCAUGACAACUGCGUUGCUUGUUCCUGGGUACUUAACUUGUCUUCUUUUACUACGCUAGUCCAGUCUACUUGUUUUGCAAGGCAUUCCCAUUUCCCAGUUUUAUGUUGUUUUAGAAGAUUUGAGAGAAGUCUGUCAAACACCAAACAACAAAAAACUCCAUUUUCCAAAUUUCCACCGCUAACUAUAAUCCCCAAUAUAAAGAACAAACCUCCAAAUUAAAGAGAGAAUUUAUUAUAAAUUUACUAUAAAAAGAAAUCCUCUAAAUCCCCUCAAAAUUAUACUCUUUUGAGGCAUCUUUCUCUCUCAUCGCCUCUGAAUUUCGCUUGUAAACUCAACAAUGGCGACUGAUAAUCGGGAAGCGAUUGAAACUUUUAUGAGCAUCACCGGUGCUCCUGAGUCUAUUGCUAUACAAAGGCUUCAGGAGAAUGGUGGCAAUCUCAAUGAAGCUGUUAAUGCACAUUUUAGCAUGGGAGAUAGAAAUGUUUUGCAGGAAGCUUCUGUCACUGGUACUGCCCCAACAAAUGAUCUCAUGGAUAUAGAUGAUCCCCCUGUAUUGGAGCCUCGCGGUCCUACAUCACUAUUUUCUGCGAACAGAGGGAUGAAUCCUUUCUCUCUUCUUGACCCUGCUUUUAGUAGGAGUUUACUUGAUAGUAGAAACAUUUUCGAUACGACUUCCGAGAUUACUGGACGCGCCCCAUUUGUGUCCCAGCCAAGAGAAGUGAGGGAAAUACCCAUAGAAGUAAAGGAUGGUGGAAAUGAUGUAGCUGCUCCUUCUGGCCGUGGUCCCAGGAUUGAGGAUGUCACAGACACAAUUGAUGCUGAAGAACCUCAAAUACGUGGAACUGUGAUUGUUGAGGAUGAAGAUGAUGACAUAAUGCCAAGGAAUAUAGGAGGUAAUAGGAAUAUUUCCAGACCAAGUGCACCUCAAUUUGAUGAUGCGCCAGAUUAUGUGAAUGAUAUAGAAGAAGAAAUGAUUCGUGCUGCAAUCGAGGCUUCUAAGAGAGAUGCUGAACUCCAGACUGAUCAAGAAUUGCAUGAUGUUAGCGCGCCACAGGGGCCAUCUCAGCAUGUUGAAGCUGAUCUUGUACACGCAGUUUCCUUAUCUAUGGAGACAGCAGAACAGGAAAAACUGCAAAGGGAGUUGAGUCUCACGGCUGGAGCUUCUGAUUCAGUUGCUAAAGAGUCUAGUGAGGCAGAAGAGAUAGGGAAACUAGAUGAAUCAAAUAGAAGGCAAGGUGUUGGUUCUUCUGACAAGUCCUCUUCAACUCACCUUAACAAAGAGGCAGGGAGUUCAUCUAUUCAAGAUGAUGGCGAUGAGUUAGAUGAGCAACCAUUGGUUAGGAAUAGGUCAAGGCGUAGGUCUUCUGCAACAGCUAGGGCUUACAGGGAAGUAGAAGAAUCAGAAGAUAUUCCCACUGUUGAUCCUCCUCAACCAACUGUUGCUAGUCAGACUCAUCUCAAUGGAAAUGUUUUUCCUUCUGACGAGUGGGGAGGUAUCUCCUCUGAGGAGCAUGAUGAAGCAGUUAUGCUGGAGGCUGCCAUGUUUGGUGGAGUCCCUGAGAGUGGAUAUCGUGCUCCAUAUGCUCCUCAUCCGAUGAUUCACCCUGGGCUUGAUACAGCUUGGAGAAUGCCUCGUCCUCCCUCACCUGGUCUUGUUGCUCAGCGUGCUAUUAGGGAACAACAAGAUGAUGAGUACUUUGCUGCAUUGCAAGCUGACAGGGAAAGGGAAUUGAAGACUAUGGAAGAAGAAAAAGCUGCUAGGGAAGCAGCAAUGGAAGAGCAGAGGAAAAAGGAGGAAGAAUCGCAGAGGAAACUAGAGGAGGAACAGGAGCUUGAGAGGCAACUGGCUGCAAAAGAGGCUUCUCUUCCCGAGGAACCAUCAUCGGAUAGUGGGAAUGCUAUUACUCUUCUUGUUAAAAUGCCUGACGGCAGUCGACGUGGUCGCCGGUUCCUUAAGUCUGAUAAAUUACAGUCUCUCUUCGACUUCAUUGAUAUUGGGAAAGCAGUCAAACCUGGCACCUAUAGAGUGGUAAGGCCAUAUCCUCGUCAAGCGUUCAGCAGUGGGGAGAGCAAUUUAAGCUUGAACGAGCUUGGGCUGACAAGCAAGCAGGAAGCUUUGUUUUUGGAAUUGGUUUAGAGAUGAAAAACCGAAGCUUGUAGAAAUUAUAAUGUGCAAUUCCAUUUCGUAAUUGUUAUUAUAUAUGAUCUACAUGCACAUGGAAGUUUAUAUGCUGAAUCUUUUGACUAGCUGUUUCUGGUACAAGUAACUCCCAUGUGUUGGAGUAGGAAAUGGAAAAUCAUGGUCAUAGGCAAUUUGGUUGUGCCAUUUUUUAUUUGCUUGGGUUUAUGAAAUUGUUACUUGGUUGUUGUUGUGUUUA